UAUUUCUAAGCCUUGCUCUGUUUAUGACCCAACUACUAUUUUAGAACUAUGUGAAGAAUUAACAACAUUAAAAUGUAGUCAUUUAAAUAGUCAUAGUAUUUAUGUGACUUCCAACCAUUCGGUUUUAACAUUUGACAAUCGUAUGGGAUUUGUAAAUAAAUCAUAUCACAUGCUUUCAAAUCCUCCAUCGCUAAUUAACAUACAUCGUUAUGAAAACAAUUUUGAUACCAAUGAAAUGUUGAUUUUGGGAAGCCAAACUGGUGAAAGCCUUGUUUAUUUACCCUACACUUCAUAUCCAGAUGGCUUUCUAUCAUGUAAAAGCAUUGCAUCAUYAAUUCCAAAUCCAUUUCAAUCAUUACAUAAUGUACAACUUAAAGGGUAUUGCUUGAAUCCAACAUUAAUGGAUAGAUUUUUGCGGUGUUUAACUGGUACUACUGUUUUUGGUGAACAAAUUAAAGAUUUAAAACUAUUUAGUAUUAAUUCUGCUGGAGAUUUAUUUGUUCAAAAAGUAAAUGAUAGUACACCAAUUGAUGUGACUCAAUUUGUUAAAAAUGUUACAAUUAAACCUCGAAUUGUUCCAAAACUAAAUUAUUCACAUAAGUUUGAUAUGAGUAACCUUUGGAAAUUAGAUCUACCCGAAAAUAAUGAAGAAAUUAAUAUAAAAAAAAAUAAUGUUUGGUGUAUGUCAAAAGAAAAAAUGUCAUCAUACAUAGACCAUCUUGCUCCAAUAAUAUUAUCCCCAUGGGACAUCGAUGACUUAUCAGAAUGGGAGAAUGAAGAUGAGAAUGAUGAUGCCAAUGAUGAUUCUGAUUGUGACUAUGCGACCAAAGUUAAUUUUUGGUUCAAUAAAAAUGACACAUUGUUGAGGUCAACAGAAGAAAUUUUAGAGCCAAGCAUUGAUAAUCCGCCUAUUAAUAUUUUAUCUCAAGCUUGUACUACAAAAACUGUUCCUUCAUCAGAAAAUGACAAUGAUUCUAGUUCAGGUUAUACAGUUUCUUUAAAAUCUGAUGACAGUUAAUCAUCUUAAAUGUAGAUAUGUUAUUGUCAAUUUUAUUUAU